AUGGCAAGGCCGUGGAUUUUGUCAAUCAUUGCUUUCAUCGGCAUUCUGACGAAUGCUGUUGCUCUUCCUCAGGACUACGGUGAUUUGCCUACAGUCGAUCUGAAGCCUCUACUGAUUGACCCUGUCCGUAAAUGGUCGGCCAAUACAACCGUUUCAUUCCCCAACUCGCCUGCUUUUGAAGCUUCUACGGAGCGCUGGACAAUCGCCGACCCGCCAACGUACAUUGCUGCUAUACGGCCCGGGACCGAAGGAGAUAUUAGCAAAGUCAUCAAUCUUGCCAGGUCGAGAAGAUUCCCAUUCUUGACUCGUGGAGCCGGCCACGGCUAUUCCGCCAGCUUGGGGAAAUUCCAGCAUGGCUUAUCUCUGGACUUGAGUCAAUGGAAGUCUCUCAAGAUCGACAAAAAGGCCCAGACGCUCACCGUUGGGCCUGGUGUUACCUUUGCUGAUAUCUUCGACCCUUUGUUCAACGCCGGAUUCUAUAUUCAAACCGGCAGCUGCUCAUGCCCCUCAAUGAUUGGUGUUACCAUCGGUGGUGGCAUUGGAAGAUUAAUGGGGAAAUAUGGCCUCUUGAUGGACGCACUUCAGUCUGUCCGCCUUGUCGGAGCUGAUGGCAAGGUGAAGACCGUCUCGGCAACUUCUCACCCUGAUCUGUGGUGGGGAGUCCUCGGUGCUGGCGCCAACUUUGGUGUCAUUACGUCUGCUACGUACAAGAUCCAUCCAUUGGUCAACAACGGGGAUGUUUUUCUUGCCGACUUCUUUCUUCCUGCGUCUAGGAGUCGGGAGUACUUUGAUAUGGUAGAGACGUACUACAGCAAUGCCUCUGCCAAUGUCGCUCAAAUUGUCAUUGGAAGCUGGAAUAGAACCACCAACUCGGUCCAAGUUGGUGGCAACUGGGUCUAUUACGGACCCGAGGAGGAGGCGCGUAGGGAACUGGCUCCAGUGUUCAAUCUUAAUGCGACAUCAGUCACCAGAGUGGUCAAAUGGAACCAAAUCAUCAACAGGUCAGGUGGCGGCUUUGACAAGUUUGUCUGCCAGCCGAACCAGCCGCGUUCUCUCUACAGUCUGAAUCAGAAGAUCUACUCUGCGGAUGGCUACCAGCGGGGUUUCAAGAAGAUUGAGAAGUACUUUCAUGACUAUCCUGGUGGGCGAGAUACGACUCUGGUCUAUGAGAUUUUUCCCAACCAGGCAGUGGCUGCUGUGCCUGAUGAUGCGACUUCAUUUCCGUGGAGAGAUUUCAAGGGCUUCAUUCAAACAAAUUUUGCUUGGGCGGCUGGAGAUGAAGUCACGGCCAAAGCGUCUGAGAAGCUCGGGGAGGAGCUGCGCAAUGACUUUUCUGCCACGUCAGGGUAUUCCGAGCAGGCGAUUUUCGUAAACUACGCCCGCGGAGAUGAGUCUAUCGAGAAUGUCUACGGCAAACGAAAGCUACCUCGCCUGGCAAAGUUGAAGAAGAAGUAUGAUCCGUCAAAUCUUUUUGCAUACAACCAUCCUCUUCCAACACAGUAUCCAUGA